GAUGCUGCUCGUAAAACUUUAUAUAUUUUUUUUACAUGGCAGGGAAUUGUUUUUUUAUUAUUAUUUUCUCUUCACGCAAAGCUUCUUUUUUCCCACAAUAAGCGCGCCUCGCUGCAGUUCAUGGACGCGCGUACCUUGGCGCUUGGGUUCUGCAUUUCCUAGAACACGCAAUGCGUUUGUGAAUAUCAUCAUCGCCAUCAUCACCAUUAUUGACUGGUCGCGUGCGUUCCGUUGGAGGAGUGAAGAGGGCUCCCGAUGUAGUGAGCGAACUGGACACCUCUCGACGCAUCGCUUGCCGACAGACGACGAAAAGGCACUCACAGGCUCAACGCUACGGUGAGAAGAAUACUCUUCACUUCGAGACUCCGAUUAGCGCGCCUGGCUACGUACGGUGCGAAAGAAGUCGUACGUAUAUACAUAUCCAUAUUAACGGUUUGUGUGUGUGUAGGGUUAGAUCGCGUAAAUAUAAACGUGUCGUUAACCCGCCGUCACCCGACGCAGCCAGUUAGCAAAGGUUUGUCUGGUGAACAAAACGUGUCGAUUAGCUGCUCGUUCGUCACACCGGUGUGUUGGGAGAGUAAAACCCACAACACUUAAACAUUUCAGUACUGUCACGUGUUGCUGGCGAUACGUCCAUUCAGGAUGCGUUCCACUCUCGCGUGAUUGCCCCACGAAUCCCAUCGUGAACUCGGGGCGAAUAUUUAUCCGGCGCGCACCAUGACCGCGUCUAGCUCCUUCCUCCUCCUCCUCCGGCCGCUCAUCCUCAUGGUCCUCUUCGCCACCCUCCGGGGUGCCGCCGCCCAGCCGUGCCCCGCGCCGUGCCACCGCUGCCGCGGAGGCCUCGUCUCCUGCCAGGACGCGGGCCUCGUCACCUUCCCCAGGCACUUGCCCCGCUCAACCACCGCGCUGCAGCUGAGCGGCAACCGCCUGCUCCGGCGCGUGCUGCCGUCCGACGUCCGCGCGCUGUCCCGGCUCUCCGCGCUGCUGCUGGACAACUGCGGCCUCUCGCGCCUCCGGUCCGAGGCGUUCUCCAGCCUCGGCGGCCUGCGUCGCCUCUCGCUCGGCGGCAACGGCCUGCGCAGGCUGGAAGUCGGCGCGUUCGGCGGGCUGGCCAACCUCCAGGACCUGCGGCUGCACGAUAACCUCAUCGACGUGCUGCCCAGGAAUGUUUUUCUGGAGUUGACCUCGCUGCGUCGCCUGCAGCUGCAGAACAACCUGCUGCAGGGCGUGAGGGACGGGCUCUUUGCGGGCGUGCGGAGGAUGUCGACGCUCAGCCUUGACGACAAUGACAUCGCGAGCGUCUCGCACGCGGCCUUCGCCAUGCGUUCGGAACUCCGCAGUCUCUCCCUGGCCAAUAACAACCUGACUCAGAUUCCAUCGAGCGCCCUCGCGAGGCUCAAGAACCUCGACCGGCUGGUCGUCUCUGGCAACCGCAUCUCGCGGAUUCAUCCCUUCGCUUUCAGAGGACUUGCCAAGCUGGUACACCUCAUUCUCGACGACAUGCAGUUGCUGGCGAUAGCUGAGAACGGCUUCGCCGGACUGGGCAACACCGAGCGCCUGUACCUGAGAAGGAACCACCUGAAGGCCCUCAGCGCCGACGUCCUCAGGCCCCUCGUGAAACUCGAGGAGCUCCACCUCGACGGGAACUCGCUGACCGCGCUGGCCGACGACUUGCUCGCCGGCCCAUCCGCCUCCUUGCGCGUGCUCGUGCUCGCAUCGAAUCGGCUGUCCCGCGUCUCCCCCGAGCCGUUCGUCUCCUCCGCGUCGCUCGCUCGACUCCAGCUCGGCGGCAACCCCCUGCUCUGCGACUGCGGCGCGCUGCCCCUCUGGCUCUGGAUGGCGACGGCGGCGGCGGCGGUGGCCCACGUCGACGUCCGCUGCCAGUUCCCCGAGCGGCUGCGGGGCCAGCGCCUGGACAGAGUCCCGCGGGAGUCGCUGGGCCACUGCCACGUCCGGGGCUCUCACACGUCCGAGGGCGAAGAGGAGGAGGCGGUGGAGGAGGAGGAGGUGGUGGAGGAGGUGGAGGAGGAGCUGGUGGAGGAGGCGCGUUCGCAGUCGCCCGCCUCGCCCCUUCUCCACGCCAGCGUGGCGCCGCGGCUUCGCUCGAGAAACGUCAGCGCGCUCGCACGGAAACAUCCACGCGGCCGCGUCGAGGGGCGACGCGUCCCGACGUCGUACGCCUCAAAGCGCAGCUCUGACGGCGCCGCGUCCGGGUUGUCGGCGGCCACGGGAUCCCAGGCGGAGCCGGGGGGGCGCUCGCCUCGGCCGGGGCCUCCCUGCGACGGCCGCGCCGCGGAGGCCGACGCGGCCUUCAACGCGGUGCUCGGCCUGCUCAUCGUGUCGCUCUGCGUCAGCGCCGCGUCCGGCGUGGCCGCGUCGCGGCUCUGGAGGCGGCUGAGGACGCGCGACGGAGACGGCGGCGGCAUCGUGGAGUCGUCGCGCUGCUCGACGAGGUCGCUGCCUCCGCGAUACCGACCCUCGUGCGGGCCCUCCGAGCCCACGGCGCGGCCCCGUUCGCCGCCGGCGCCCCCCGCGAUGCCCAUCAGCACCGUAGAGCUGGACCGCGCGCUGCUCCUGAGGCUGUGCGAGGAGGACGGGCCCCAAGUUGUGCUCUUUGAGCACACGGUGCUGUAGGGGUGACCGCUCAGCCAGAUUCAUGAUAACUGUAAUAAACUGUUGCACUAUUUUUUUUUUAUAUUUUCUUUUCAUUUUACCAGGUAAGGCCCACUGAGCUGUGUAGCCCCUUUUUUCAGAAGCGACGUGGCUCGCACAAAUGUGAGCGUGGCUUAUCAUGUGGAGUUUUUGUUUUAUUGAUUUUCAUCAUCCCACCCCAGAGGGCGGGAUGAUGGAUGGGCCGAGAUGGGAUGAAGUCAACCCCUCGACUCAACCGGGAGUUAAACUCGCAACCCUUCCGAUUGCGAGUCGCUCGCUUGCUCGCUCACUCGCUCGCCCUCUUUUCCAACGCGCCGGAGGAGCUCUGUUUAUGUUGGACACAGACUAACGAAACACACACUUUUUAUUUUACCAGCUAAUGCCCCCUGAGCUACACAGCUCAAGUUUCAAAAGCGGCCUGGCUACAAAUGAGAGCUCGACCAAGUAGCUUAUCACGUCGACAUUUAUAGCAGACAAAUACUC